ACAGGGAAGAGCCAAGAUUCUGGGUCCCUAGUGGAGUUGUUGCAGAGUUCUUCCAUGGAAUUUACCUUGACAGUGGUUAGCAAGAUGGUACCCGAGGAGUAGCAAGAGAAGACAAGAGAGUACCUCUCUUCUGGUGGUGGGCUAAGAGAUGCCCCUUGCAGCUGGGAUCAAGGAGAGGUAAUGGAAAUAACAAGACCCAGAACGUAGCGAUCACUGCAUCGGAGCAAUGAACGCUGGUGAAGCUUAAGAUCAAAGGAACAAUUUGAGGCCAGCUACUCCGUCCCCCUCCAUUCCAGCAGUGGUCACUUGCAUUCUUCAAGGAUUUACCUGAAAGAUGAGUGAUGGGUUGUGGAUCUCCCUCAGUCCCAAGGAAUUUAAUCAACUCCAGAAAUACUCAGAAUAUUCUACCAAGAAGUUAAAAGAUGUCUUGGAAGAGUUUUACAGGACUGAGCAGAAAGAAAAGUAUGACCCUGAACUGCCCAUUGACUAUAACAGAUUCACAGUCUUCAUGAGAACUUACCUGGAGAAGGACAUCCCUGAUGACCUCUGUAAACAUCUUUUCCUGUCCUUCACAAGCAAGAAGUUGAAACAGUCCUCUGAGCCAAAGACGACAAGUUCCAGUGCCCCGCGAGACAGCACCUACGAUGUCAGUGGGAAGCCUCCAGUCUACAGCCCCAGCACACCUGUUGCCGCGUCUCAGAAAGUCAUAGGAACCGAGCCCAAAGAGAGUGAGCAGACCGCUCCCUUGCCUUCGGGGCUCAAGAGCGCCAACUUGGAACAAAAGACUCCUCCCCGGCCGAAAGCUGUGUCUUUCUCUAUAGAUAGCCCCUCACUCCUUCCUCAGGCUCAGACUACAGAGACCUUAAAGGAGAUCCAAGACCCGGAUGUCCCAAAGAGCUCCAUAAAAGCACUUCCUCAGUCAUCUUUAGAAGUCAAAGCUGAUGUCGUCUACCUGAAAGACAUCAUCUGUUACCUAUCACUGCUGGAAAGAGGUCGGCCCCAGGACAAACUGGAGUUCAUGUUUCGCCUGUAUGACACGGACGGCAACGGUUACCUGGAUAGUAGUGAGCUGGAUCGAAUCCUCAACCAGAUGGUGCAUGUGGCUGAAUAUCUGGAAUGGGAUUGCACAGAGCUCAGGCCAAUCUUAAAGGAAAUGAUGGAAGAGAUUGAUAUUGACCAUGAUGGGAUUGUGACACUACAAGAGUGGAUUCAAGGAGGGAUGACAACCAUUCCAUUACUGGUCCUACUAGGGAUGGAAACCAACGUGAAUGAAGAUGGCCAGCAUGCCUGGAGGCUAAAGAAUUUCAAGAGGCCAUCUUUCUGUCAUAUCUGCCACACCAUGCUGAUGGGAGUGCGGAAACAGGCCCUGCGCUGUUCAUUUUGUAAAUAUACGAUCCACCAAAGAUGUGCAUCCCAAAAAUUAUCUCCAUGCAUCACCACAUAUUGGAAAUCCAGGAAACAGACUGAGGUAAUGCACCAUGUAUGGAUGGAAGGGGAUACCUCUGGCAACUGUGACCUUUGCUCCAAAAGCAUCAAGUGCUACCAGCCAGGGACCUCAGUCCACUGUGUGUGGUGCCAGAUCACGGUUCACAAAAAAUGUGCUGCCUACAUUUCACCAGAAUGCGAUGGUGGCCAACUCAGAGACCAUGUUCUCCUGCCAACGUCGAUAUUCCCCAUGGUCCUGGUCACGGAGAGGAAAGAAGAAAGCACAUCUACCACCGUCCCUAGUUCAAACUUUGAUGGUGCCAUAACCGACGCUGAACCCAGUUCUUCGACCAAGGAUGUAAAUGAUUUGGAGGAGAAGAAAGAAAAAGAAAAUAUGUCCACCAUCAUCCCUAGUUCAACCCCUGAAGAGGCCAUGAUGGAUGCCAAACCCAGCUCUUCAAUCAAGGAUGUAAAUGAAGUGGAGGAGAAGAAAGAAGAAGAAAUCACUUCCACCAACAUCCCAUCAGCUGGUUCAAGCUCUGACAAUGCCACAAAUGAGAGCAAACUCUCAAAUGAAUUGAAGGAGAAGAAAGAAGAAGAAAUCACUUCCACCAACAUCCCAUCAGCUGGUUCAAGCUCUGACAAUGCCACAAAUGAGAGCAAACUCUCAAAUGAAUUGAAGGAGAAGAAAACCAUUGAGACUGGAUCCACCAAAGUCUCUCCACCUGGUCCUAACCCUGAGAAAUCCACAAAUGAUUUAAAAUCAGAUUCCACAAACACAGACAAAUUAGAGGAAAAAGAAAUGUCUAAGGAAAAAUCUUCAGAGAAACCAAACAGCACCAAGAACCCAGUGAAGAAACUCCUUCAGGCUGAAGAAGAGGAGAAUGAAUGGUCUAAAUGCUAUUCCCAAAAGAUUCCUCUCUUGGAGAUUAACCAAUUCAACCCCUCAUGGACGGAUGGACACGGAUUGAAGAUUGUUGCACCAAAGGACACACAUCCCCUGCUUGUCUUGCUCAAUCCUAAGAGUGGAGGAAGACAAGGAGAAAGACUCCUUCGGAAAUUCCAAUAUCUGCUCAACCCCAGACAAGUUUACAGCCUGGAGCAAUGGGGGCCUACUCCAGGAUUGAAUUUUUUCCGUGGCGUGCCAAACUUCCGUGUGCUCAUUUGUGGAGGAGAUGGGACUGUCGGUUGGGUAUUGGAUUGUAUCGAUAAGAUUAAUUUUGUCAAACAUCCAAAAGUGGCAAUCCUGCCUCUUGGAACAGGAAAUGACCUUUCCAGGUGUCUCCGUUGGGGAAGAGGUUACGAAGGUGGCAAUUUGAUGAGAGUCCUAAAGGACAUUGAGCAAAGUUCCGAGGUGAUGCUGGAUCGGUGGCAGCUUGAGAUCAUCCCCAAAGAGAGGGCCUUUAAAGGGGACCCUGUUCGACACUGCGUGUUCAACAACUAUUUCUCUAUUGGUGUGGAUGCCUCCAUUGCCCACAGAUUCCACCUCAUGCGAGAGAGAUACCCUGAAAAAUUUACAAGCAGGAUGAUGAACAGACUCUGGUACUUUGAAUUUGGCACGACAGAAACCUUUUCUUCAACGUGCAAGAAGCUGCACACCUUCAUUGAGGUGGAGUGUGAUGGCAUCACCCUGGACCUCAAGGGCACCUUGCUGGAGAGCAUCGCAGUACUCAACAUUCCCAGUGCAUAUGGAGGCACCAACCUCUGGGGAGAGGAAAAGAAACAGCGGAGAUUUUCCCUCCUAGGGAACAAGAGUUCAGGGAAGUCUCGGGGAGGAACAAUCACAGACCCCAAGGAGCUGAAGUUCUGUAUCCAAGAUUUCAGUGACCAUCUUCUAGAAGUGGUAGGACUGGAAGGAGCCAUGGAGAUGGGGCAAAUCUACACUGGACUGAAGAGUGCUGGGAAGAGACUAGCUCAAUGCACCUCUGUUACUAUCAGGACAACCAAGAUGUUGCCCAUGCAAGUGGACGGGGAGCCCUGGCUGCAGGCACCCUGCACGGCUAACAUCACCCACAAAAACCAAAUGCCCAUGUUGAUGGGGCCACCUCCAAAGUCCACCUUCUUCUUCCUUAAGAAGCAAUAUAACCUGGAUUUCUGAAAGGAAUGCCAGAGGCCCCAAGCCAACCCAGGGGGUGGACGAAGAGAUGGAGAAGGAGUACUUGAAGUCUACACAUACACACACACACACACACACACACACACACACACACCCCAAGCAACGGAGGCAAAGAGAUUCAACAGGACAGAGAUCUCCAUCUCGUCAGGUUCUGUCCACUUCCAAACCGGGGUUGGCAACACCCGGGCCUGCUGAGUGAAAAUAGCACCUUGGAUGGCACAGGGCUCAGAAGGCACCCGUGUCCACCAGCUCCCCAACUCCCACUAGGCCCUAGGUGGCUCCCUUUAAAGGUAGGUGCCCAGAUCUACCUGCCUGCCCACCGGUCCACCCCAGAAGGCCCAUGCAGAGGCAGCAGAGGGCUCCUCACAGGUGGCAGGAUCCAGACCAAGCUGAAAGACAAGACCAACGUCCCCCCCCCCAUCCACCCCCCAGGCCAGAGACAUUGGACAAAGCUCCAUCUGUGCCAAUUCAAAAUGGCCCACGAGGGCUCAGAACAUGACUCCUGGCGAAGGCCGGCAAGCGUAUGUUCGUCUCCUGGUUGUCAUUUGAGCUCCAACAUGGCUCCCGGAAGUUUUCUAAGAAGGCAGCAAAGGGGGUCAGAGGCUGGGGAGCCUUCUUGGUUCAGAGAACACUGUCAGCUUGAGCAUUUGUCAAGCUUCCUUCCACCAGGCAGGGUCUGUUGGGAGUAGGCCAGCUGCCUGGGCAGCCAAACACACUGCAGAACGGGCCUUUAUUUUCUUAGUCAUUGAGCACCUGGGUGGGAAGGCAGAAAAACCCGGGGCUUUAUUUUGCCAAUCAGUGUAAUAACAGCAUGUGAAAAACUCCCUGCCACUGCCUUCUCACUUCUUCAAGACACACCAGGUUUCCUGCGGGAGUUCCGAGGCCUGGUGGUAAGAGAGAGAGACAGGAGAAGACAGAAGGAGAGAUGAAGAAAGAAAGAGGGACAAAGGGAGAAAGGCAAAGGGGGAGAGAGGCAGGGGAAAUACAAAUGAAGAAGAAACAAGAUUCAGCACACACCAGGAGACAACUCUCGCACGCAUACACACACACACACACACACACACACACACACACCCCUUCUCCCUUGGGGGGGGGUUAAUUUAUAUAUUUAUUUAUAGAUAGAUUAAAUUGAGA